AUGGGAUUUCCUCUUGGAAAUACAACUGACGCAACAACAAAAGGGCUGUGGGUAUGGUGUUUGGAACAUCCAGAACGAAAAGAUGAGGUUCUGAUGCUUAUUGACACUGAAGGAAUUGGCGAUGUUAAAAAGGGCGAUGAAAAGAAUGACAAUGACAUUCUUUGUCUAGCUAUACUUAUAAGUGGAACAUUUGUGUAUAACUGUAUCGGAGUUAUAAACCACGAUCUUUUGAAGAAGCUUUCACACACCCCAACCACAUCAGCAGGGCACUCCGAAGACACCAAACCCGCAUUUGGAGAGGACACAGUGGCGGCUAAAGAAGAGGAGGGAACGCAAUAA